AUUUUUCCUCUUGAUUCCGCGCCCCUCCCUUCUCGAACAGCGCCAAUGGCGAAACCGAGAACACCAGUCGAGUCGAAAUGAGCCCGAACUCGGGGUACGCUGUCGAUGGCGAUGAUGUCGGUUCGUGGGAAGCAGACCUGGUCCAGCUGCUUCCUGCCUGCAAACGCUGCCGCACUGCCCGAAAGCGAUGUGAUACUCGUCUUCCAGCGUGUGCCAAUUGCACCCGCUCAGGCGCCGAAUGCAACUUCCUCGACCACAUCACCCAAGAGCUACUGCCGCGAAAGUACAUCGCCUCCAUGCUGAACCACUUGAAAUCCUUGCAAGCAGCGCGAAACAAGCAAUUUGAUACUGUUAGCACAGAAGACACCGUUCCCGUCUCAACCGACAAUGGAUAUCAUUUCGUUCAAGCUCGCGGAGGCUUCAGAUAUCUCGGCAGCAAUGCUCUCCUCGCGGCACGACCAGACUUCCUGUCUGUUCCGGGUGCGGGUCCAGCAUCAACGGCCACCAGGCUUGAAUUCCCCCCUGUGGCCUCAUUGGCGGGCCUCGUUGACAGCCAGUGGCAUCAAGUCCUGGUUGGUAGGUACGUGCAAGUCUUGCACAAAAUGUAUCCAGUCAUCGAUGCCAAUCAGCCGUGUCUACAACAACCUCCUGGCCCCUCAAGCAACCUCUCUACGUUCGAAUCGUUUCUGUCUAAGAUGGUGUGCUCCAUUGCGUGCCAUUGCUUACCGGGAAACGACAACAGCUUGGUCCUCUUAUCCGACGCGCUAUAUGCAGAAGCUUUGGUCUCUCUCGAAAGCAUAACGACUGACCAGGAUGUCGAAGCCCUGCAGGCUAUCCUUCUCCUGGCUCUGCGAAGCUUGUUCGAUGCACAGAAAGGCAAUAUUGGUCAACAGGUCACGUUCGCACAGCGCCUGCUGACCGAGUUGGGGUCCCGCGACGUCGAAGACGCCAGAGCCACGUUGCAGCGGUUGCAAUGUGCGGUCUAUUGCAUAGGGAGCGAGGCCGCGACUGUCCUGGAUAGGCCGCCAGCAGUUAUAGCUCCAGACUACAAAUCUUCUUUCAGCACGACUAACGAGAACAUGUUUCUGUGCUCGCUGUAUCCAACGAAAUCGGGGUCGCAGAGUGAAAAGUCCCUUGAUGGGAUCAAAGAGUCUUUACAAACCGAGUUCGAAGCGGUCGAGUACUCGCCUUGCCUUCUCGCGAAGAUGUGCCAAAGCGUGUUCCUGAGAAGACCGACUGUUGAGUCAGCCAUGGACCUGCUGGCGUGUUAUUGCCAGGAAGAUAUGGUGCUGGACGCGUUUACUCCGCACUGGGCAUACAAAGCAGGCAUCUUCAUUUUGCAAGAUAGUACUUCGGGCCAGCGAACUCUCAAAGGGCAUGUUCUUGCCUGCACGGUUCUGGACAGAUGUGCCAUCAAGUGGCCAAACGCGAGGGUUCUUCGCCAGGUCUUGCAAGAUCAUGCCAUGUCGCAAGAGCGGUGAAGCGCUCUUAGCCGUGAUUCUACUUGGGAAAUACAACACGACCCUUCCUAGAAUUGACCUCAGACGUUAUAAGUGGCACUGUCUUUCUCCAGGGCUGGCCCUCUGUACAAUCUCUG